GAGUAUAUCAAAAUUCGCAGCAGUCUGACCCUAUACAGCAGCAAUUAUUUCGAUCAACUUACGUCGUUCAAAGUACACAAAACCAGUCCAUUGCUUUUAGCAUUACAAUCUAAUAGCAGAAACUACACACAUUAGCAAAAUGUCUCACAGUCGAAGACUUGGUCCCAACAAAAAAGAUUUGGUCAUAUUCGCAUCCGCAGACGACCAUAAAGCACCUAGUAAAAUAAACUUGCCAGAACCUGAUCCCCAACCUGGAUUAAUAUUGCCCAAUGGUGACAUCAAUUGGAAUUGUCCAUGUUUAGGUGGUAUGGCCACUGGACCAUGUGGUGUCGAAUUUAGAAAUGCUUUUAGUUGUUUCCAUUACUCUGAAGCUGAACCUAAGGGAAGUGACUGCUAUGAUCUGUUUAAAACAAUGCAAGUAUGUAUGCAGAAAUAUCCUACACUCUACAACAAGGAUUUAGCAGAUGAUGAUGAGAUUAGUCAAAUAGCACAAGCAGAAAGUGAAGCAAGGAAGGAUGAAGCCAGUAACAAAGUUCCAGAGAAUGUUCCUGAAAACAAUCCGGGGCCAAGCAAAUAAUCACCUACACAACCGGGAAUCCGCUCUCCAUAUUGCUACAUCGACGCUCAGCUAAAAACAGUCCAGGAAUAAGAAGAACAUGGACAAAAGGAACCAGGAUCCCAAAAAUCUAGUACAUGCUACAGGGAAAUCAGUUCGAUUAUUAUUUUUAUGAGGUAUUCCUUAAUUCAUAGUAAAAAUAAUUCUCUAAAAUAUUAAAUUUAUUUAAAAUUAUGUAAUAGAAUAACUUACAAACAUAAUCAAAUGUUAAUAUGUUGCGUAGGACAAAUAUCUCCAAAAGGCAAAAGAUUUAACAAAUAAUACCAUAGAAAUUACCCUUAAAAAGGCAUAGAGGAGAGUUCUUUUUUGAAUUUUGAAUAAAAGGAUUUGUAUAACAGUCAAGAUGGUUGACUGUGGUUGUGGAUGGAGCAAUUUGGAAUACGCAGUUCGAAUUUGUAGUUUCAUUCGUAGUUCCUGAAGAUAUUUAUAUUCUUGUAGUAAUACACAGUUUCCCAAAAUGUCCACAUUUUUAUGGGAAGAAAAUUGUUAACUGUUACAUGUAUUGGACAUGGUUGAUUGACAAGUUUUACUAUAGAAUGAAUUACUUAUAACUGAAAUAUAAUCAACUGUGCCAAUUUCACUGUGAUAUUACAUUUAAGUAAGACUAUAAUGAAGUGGAUAUUUCGAGAUACUGAAUAUUUCUAAAAUACGUAACUAAAUUUAUAUUUAAGCAUAGUUCUAAAUUAACUAUUGUGAUAAAAAAAAAACUAAAUAAAGAUUAGGUAACUCAA